AUGUGGGUCAGGCUGGUCUCGAUAUCCCAACCUCAGCUUCCCAAAGUGCUGUGACUACAGGCGUGAGCCGCUGCGCCCGGCCCAGAUGGGUUCUUCCUAAACUGACCUACUCCCCGCACUUUACCCGCACCCCCCGCCCCGCCCUGCCUGCACUGGUUCCCCCUCUUCGCCCCCAGGACGUGCACCCCACGUGCCGAGGGCGGGUGGGAAGUAUCUGCCGCCAUCUUGCUCACCAGCCUUCAAAAUGCGGCUGGGGCUCCUGAGUGCAGCGCUAUUGUUUGUGGGGAGCUCUCACUUAUACUCAAACCCCGACUCGCCCUCCGGGAAGCCCAGUCUCGGCCCCUCGGUGGAACCGGCCGCUGGUUCCCAGCAGGCUGAAGCCUCCCGCGAGAGGCCCUGGCGGCGGAGGGAAGGAGGGGCGCACACAAAGGACUGUGGAACGGCACCACUUAAGGAUGCGCUGCAAGGGUCUCGGAUUAUAGGGGGCACAGAAGCUCAAGCUGGCACAUGGCCUUGGGUGGUGAGCCUGCAGGUGAAACAUGGCCACGUUCUUUCUCAUGUAUGUGGGGGAACCCUAGUGAGAGAGAGGUGGGUCCUCACAGCUGCCCACUGCACUAAAGACGCUAGCAAUCCUUUAAUGUGGAGAGCUGUGAUUGGAACUAAUAAUAUACAUGGGCACCAUCCUCAUACCAAGAAGAUAAACAUUAAAACAAUCAUUAUUCAUCCAAACUUCAUUUUGGAAUCUUAUGUAAAUGACAUUGCACUUUUUCACUUAAAAAAGGCAGUGAGGUAUAAUGACUAUAUUCAGCCUAUUUGCCUACCUUUUGAUGUUUUCCAAAUCCUGGACGGAAACACAAAGUGUUUUAUAAGUGGCUGGGGAAGAACAAAAGAAGAAGGUAAUGCUACAGAUAUUUUACAAGAUGCGCAAGUGCAUUAUAUUUCUCGAGAGACAUGUAAUUCUGAGAGGAGUUAUGGGGGGAUAAUUCCCAACACUUCAUUUUGCGCAGGUGAUGAAGAUGGGGCUUUUGAUACUUGCAGGGGUGAUAGUGGUGGACCAUUAAUGUGCUACUUACCAGAAUAUAAAAGAUUUUUUAUAAUGGGAAUUACCAGUUACGGACACGGCUGUGGUCGAAGAGGUUUUCCUGGUAUCUAUCUUGGGCCGUCCUUCUACCAAAAGUGGCUGACAGAGCACUUCUUCCACGCAAGCACUCAAGGCAUACUGACUAUCAAUAUUUUACGAGGCUGGAUCCUCAUAGCUUUAUGUUUUGUCAUCUUACUAGCAACAACAUAAAGAAAUUCUGAAGACUUUAGUAUCUUUAUUUUGCAUUGUGUCCCUUCCUAUUUUCUAUAUAAUGAAAACCAUUUAUUCUUCUAGCAAUUAAUUGCCUACAUUAGAGUUCUCAUGUGAACAUUUUAUGGGCUGUAAGUAUUGUGACAGAUACACAAUUGUAACUUUGGCACUGAAUCCCGUACUUCCUUGAUUGUUUUAUAAUCAUAAUUCUGUAUCUGGAAUACUCCUGGAGUUUGUACAGAAUAUUCAGUUAAACAUAUAUUUUAUGUGUAUAAAUGCCAAAUAAAAAUUUAUCGUGAAAAUGGAAGCUGUUAUUUGGUUAAUCAAACUCUUUUCUUCUUAGAUUUUAUUCUAAAA